GCACUCUCUUUCAGUGACAAGGUGAGAUGUUCAUUACAAGACAGCAGUUGAAGAAAAGUAAACAAUAGUGAACAAUAAUUGUUGCAAACAUACCAUGUGUUUUAAUAGAGUUAUCUGAUAUGGCUUGUUCCCAGCCAUAGCUGUGUGUUUCAUGCCCAGGUAACAACUUCCUCAGACAUUAUAAAGACGGAAAAAAUGAUUCAUGGGCUUCUGGAGAAACAGUACAACAGUGGAACAGCACUCUUAUAUGCCCAACCUGAGGACAUCUUAAUUUCUUAUAUUGGGCCUUGUCCUGAGCACAACCAUCACAUCAGGCAAGGGCUUUUCAGUUGGCCCCCAACUGGGGUUCAGCACAACACCUCACUUCCAUGUGUGGGAAACCCUGAAAAGAAAGCCUAUAGGCAAUGUCUUCUGGAUGAAAACGUUGGAACUCUUUGGAAAUCUCCAGACCUGGGGCAAUGCCAGGUUGUGGUCAACAGUGUGUCAGACCUGGAGGACAUUACAGUCACUAAUGACAAUGCAGAAGAUAUUCUGCUCAUGAUUGAGGACUUGAUACAUGAGAACAAAAAUCUGGACGAGUACGAGCUCUCAACGGUACUGGAUAAACUAGCCGAUGUGAUUAACGUUAGCGUGAUCACGCCUCCGCUGGGAGAGGUCAUCAUCAACAUCACAUCUGACAUCCUGGAGUCUGACAGCAACCUGCUGCCCUUCACCAACAGCAUUCUGAACAUCACAGAGUCUGUUGGAGACCAGAUGUUAGGGUUCAAUGGAGAGUCAGUCAGCUUAACAGCUCCUGCCUUAGCAAUAUCAGUGGUCAAUAUUGACCAAGGAAAUUUUCACAACCUUACCUUUGGAGUCUCUUCCACUAACAAAGGCUUAAACCCUGAGAUUUAUAUCAAUCGGGAGCCUUUUGAUGGUACAGUGGCCUUCGUUUCUCUGCCCUCUGAAAUACAAGAGAGAUUCCCCAUUACAAACAACACCAGCCCCCGUGUUCAGUUUCAGUUUUAUGGAGUUCCCACUCUCUUUCAAACAAAGAAUGACCCAGAUGGGAAAAGACUGAACACUUUUGUGGUGUCUGCGAGUGUGACUAAUGCCACAGGAUGCAUUGAAAACCUAAAAGAAUAUGUUGCUGUCACUCUGCACCAUCUAACAAGUAAGAAAAAAGACCAGGAUGUCCAGUGUGUCUAUUGGGACUUCAAUAAGAAUGGCAAGUCACUUGGACUAUAUGAACACAUUAUUAUUAUUCUCACAUUCUACAUCUCAUGUGUUGAUGGCUUUGUGCAUGUCCUGUUUUAG